ACUUUGGGGCAUAUUUUCGCCAAACCUAAGGAUCCUGUUACGAAAGAACAACGAACCGACGCCAUUUAUUCUAUUCCUUGCAAUGACUGUGACAACGAAUACAUCGGACAGAUCAAACGUCAGUUUGGUACACGUUUAAAAGAGCAUCAAAAAGCGAUUUUCAUUUGUAAAAAGGAAAAUUCUGCUUUAUCGGAGCACAUAUGCCUAACUAACCAUACAAUUGGGUGGGAUAAUUCUAAAAUUAUCACCACUAAUCGACGUUACCACCAGCGCCUUUGUUUGGAGGCUUGGCAUAUUAACUCCGCCCACGCUCCUUUAAAUCGUGACGAUGGCGGUUUGCUUCCUGACGCCUAUUUACACUUCGUCAGAAAAAGGACCGCUAAUUAG